UAUUUGAAGUAGAAAUCUGCAUAGAACAGAGCAAAAUUUUCCUCUUUUCUCUCUCUCUUCUUUCUCUUUCUGCAAACCUUUCUUCUAUUUUGUAAUUAUUUUUCUUUCCCUGUUCUCCGUUAUUUGCAGCUGAGAAAUAAAAGAAAUAUAUAUAUUUAGAGAGAGGGGAGAAAGAGGGAGGAGAGAGAGAGAGGGAGGAGGAGGAAGCUAGGCAUGGGGUGUUUCUCGUGCGCAGGUGAUUCCUCUGCUCACAAGAAACAACAUAAAAAGAAAAAGAUGGCCCUCGACAAUAAACGAAGAGAUGAUGGUCAUGCACGAACCCCAUCGGACCACUCGCAGGCGAGCUCAUAUAGGUCUACGAAAGAGCCUAAACUAGUGUCUCAAUCCACAAAUUCUAGCUUGAGUUCUACCUGUGGUUCGGAAAGUGAAGCCUUCCAAGCGAGGAAAUUCGCCCUAGCUGAGUUAGUUGCUGCAACGGAGAAUUUCAAGGAUGGAAAUUUUAUCGGUGAAGGAGGAUUUGGACAAGUUUACAAAGGUCGUUUACCGGAUGGUGAGAUUGUGGCCAUCAAGCAACUAGAUCGCAACGGCUCUCAAGGAAUUAGGGAAUUCGUGGCUGAAGUCUUAACAUUAAGUAAUGCAGAGCACCCUAAUCUUGUCAAAUUAAUAGGCUAUUGUGCUGAGGGAGAUCAGAGGUUGUUAGUCUAUGAAUAUAUGCCACUAGGUUCUUUGGAGGACCUUUUACAUGACAUUUACCCCGGCAGCAAGGUCCUCGACUGGAAUGCUAGGAUGAAGAUGGCAUCUGGGGCAGCAGAAGGGUUGGAGUAUUUGCAUACCAAGAUGUCACCACCAAUAAUAUACCGUGAUUUGAAGUGUUCCAACAUCUUGCUUGGGGAGGGAUAUCAUCCCAAACUAUCCGAUUUUGGUUUAGCCAAAGAGGGGCCGUGUGGAGACGAAACUCAUGUUUCCACCAGAGUGAUGGGCACGUACGGAUACUGUGCUCCUGAUUAUGCCAUGACUGGCCAACUCAACUUCAAGUCGGAUAUCUAUAGCUUCGGUGUAGUCCUUUUGGAGAUCUUGACGGGUAGGAGAGCUAUCGACUACACAAGAUCCGGCCCCGAGCAAAAUCUAGUUGAUUGGGCACGGCCGCUGUUCAAAGACCGUAAGAAGUUCCACGAAAUGGCUGAUCCGGCUCUGGAGGGACGGUAUCCGGUGAGGGGGCUGUACCAAGCCCUAGCCAUUGCUGCAAUGUGCAUUCAAGAGCAGCCCAACAUAAGGCCGCAGAUUGGUGACAUCGUCAAGGCUCUCAAGUACCUUGCUUCACAGCCUUACGAUCAGUGCAACGCCAGCCCUUCUUCGAGAAGGAAGAAAUCUGUCGCCGGAUACGAGCAUGAAGAGAUCACCAAGUGAACUCUAGGUGUGAGUUAGAGCUUGCUCAUCCUCCUAUGCAGCAUCCAUUGUAGAGUCGGCUUGCAGCAAUAGCAAUGGUGAAGGACUCAUUUGCUUUUCUAUUUUGUUUUCUUCUUUUCUUUUUUUGGUUUUGGUUUUGGUUUUGGCUUUGUAUGUGUAGGUCUCCUUGAUCAUCUCAGAAAUGAGUGUGGAAGUAAUGUUUUUCUUGAGAUGAAGUAAGAAAGUAAUGUUUCUCUUGAGAUCUCAAGUAAGAGAGUAAUGUGGUUGAAUGUGCAUCAAAUCUCUAGUUUCUUUUCUUC